AUGGCGAGGACACGUGCAAAAGGCGCCGAUAAGGGAGCCAAAAGCUCAAGCAAAGACGCCACGGCUUCAGCAUCAUCAUCAAAAUACACCCUGCCAGCCGAGUCCGAGAGUCCAAGUAUAGUCCUCAUUUUACCAGAGAAGGCGACUCCCGAGGCAAAAGUUGUGUCACUCACAAACCCUCGAUACUCAAAACCAACACGGUACCUCGUGUGCCCACAAACUGGCGCAUAUGAGUUCAUCAAGAUCUCCGAGCCGAAGACGACACCUCGGAGCUGGCUCAUCGAGGCUGGAAGCAGAGACCAAACCUCAGACUCAGGAGAUGCCAAGAAGGACGAACAUGCCUUCCAGACGCAAAUCUCCAAUGGCGCAGACCUCUUCAUAGCCACACCGAUCGACCCAUUAUUCCUCGCCCUCCCCGCCCUGGUAAAACAGCUGUCUUCGUCCAAGCGCAUGUUCCUGUCCAGCGACGACCACCUCGAUGGCAUAGCAGAGGGCGCGGCGCACCUGCGGGAGACCCUGAAGUGGGCGCGGUGGCGCGAGCUGCUCGAGUCCCGCAUGGCCGCGGGGUGCGACACGGUCGAGGCCGGGGACGAGACCAUGUUCCGCCUGAGCGAGGAGAAGCUGCUGGGCCAGGUGCUGGCCAAGGCUGCGCGGAUGAGCGAGGGCGGGCUGCCGGGGAGCAUGGAGGAGAAGUUCGUGACCAAGGCGCUGGAGGCGCCCGUGCUGGGCCGCAAGGCCGCCGCCGCGGCGCCGCGGUUGCAAACGCAGGAAUCCGCAGAGGCGAGCGGCGCGGACUCAGGCACAGAUACACAGGUGGAAUCCCAGUCGUCCGUUGCAACGUCCGCUACGUCUGCGUCUGAGGCUUCCACAGCAGCGACAUCGGUGGCGGACGAAGCCGAAGCCGCGGGCAACAAGGACGUCGCCUCGGCCAUCCAGGCCUCACCGGAGGUGAUCAGACUCCAGCGCCUCCGGGUAGCGUUCAACUUCAUCUGCUCGAGCUACGUGCCGCCGGCGUUGUCGUCCGUGCUCAAGAAGAUGCUGGCCGAGGGCAAGGGCGCGGGUGUGGACUUCAAGCCCCUGGACGAGCACGUCGGGCAGCUUACGAAGCUGCGGCAGGAGGCCAUGAUGGCGCGGUCUGCGUCGGACUACAGCCGGAAGAGAGCGCUAGACGAGGAGGACGAGGACCGUAGAGAAGCGAAGCGCAAGAAGGAGGAGGAGGAGAAGAGGAAGAAGGCUGGGGAGAGUAGGGGGGUCAGAGACCUGAAGAAGGUCAACACGUCGGGCAUGAAGAAGAUGAGUGACUUCUUCGCGAAGAAGCCAAAGGCUUAA